AUGACCUUAGAGUUCCUCAGGUAUUCUGGAAUUCUAAAUGACUUUUGUCAGAAAUCUGAUAAUGGCAAUUUCAUAGAUAAAAUCGAAUGCGAGAAUACAGUGGCGCUAGUUAAACGAGAAUGCGAGGAUAUUUUGGAGAUGAGCCGAGAAACUGCGGAAAAACAAUUUCACGAGGUAGUCGAACUUUACAAUGAAGCUAAAGAAAAGGUGACCCGAUUAGAGAAACGUGUAGAAAUGUACGAGGGUUUUGGAAGGGAGCAGGAGAACCGAGGUUUUGAGCUGGCGAAUCUACUUGAAACUUUAAAACGUUUCGACGUGGAUGUCGGCUCUGUCUGUCAACUUACAGCGGAAGCUUUGAAGAACUUGACCGAACGGGGAAACUUAUUCGAAGAAAGCAUGAAGAAUCUCAGGCAUCUAGCUUGGAUCGUGAAAGACAGAAAGGAUGAACCGCAACUGGUUUUAUUAAGGGAACAGAAUUCCGUUUUGAGGCAGGUAGUAAAGAACCUUAAAAGGAAGUUUCAGAUGAUCAGUCAAACGCACAACGAUAUCCCGGAGAAAGAAAAUGAGGAACGACACGAACCUCUUGAAAGCGAAAUAAAUUCCCAGAAUCAUAAUGGAAACUUAUCGAACGCGCCAGUGUUGAAGGAAAACACGAUGGAAAAUUCGAUAAACUCGUCGAUUCACGAAAAUCAUAACUCUUGCAACGCGAUGAAACACAACGAACGCGACGAAACUGUAACGCGCGAAAUAACUGACGCGUACAAGAACGAUAAUCGAAAUAAGCAAUUCGAUAUCGAACGUACGAUAAUCGAUAAGCGCGGCAGGCUAUUGUGCAUCGAAUCCCAUUCGAAUGGCGUGGUAUACGAAGAGUACGUGUUUAAAUUGUCAAUCGAUCGAGAGAUGAAAAUUAAAUAUCCAGUUUCGUUAAAUAACAGCGAAGAAGCGGUUAGAUUGGAGUUCGUGGAUAACGAAACCGACUAUUCGGUAACAUCGAUGGAUAGAAUGUUGAUAUUGUUAAAAAAUAUACACGCAAUUGUGAUCGUCAAACAAACCGGUGUAUCGUGCAGCACGCAAACUACGAAAACGAAAACUUCCAACAACUUCACACAAACGGCAAUUACUGGAGUAAAUUCAUUUUCUCGUUUAAACAGUGGCGCUACGGUGAGUAAAGAAAUUUCUACCUUCUUUAGUUUGAACUACACAUUUCGAAAUUGGAUUUAUUUACUAAUAACAAAUAUUACAUUGCUUCUUAUAAAAAAAUAAAAAGAAAUAAAGUUUAAAUUUAUAAUAAUAUUUAAAAGAAUUAUUUAUAUGUUUUAUGAAUACUGAUUUUUUA